AUGGUACAACAACCUGGUCCUGUGUGGACGGUAGUCGGUGGCUUGGCCACCGCUACCACAUUUUUUCUCCUCGGUCGCAAGACCACCACCACCACCACCACCCCUCCCUCCCCCUCCCCGGCACAAGAAGAGCAGGCGGCUCUCACCACUGUCGUGGUGACCAUGAGUACGGCAUACCAUGGCAUCAACGACAGCAAGCCAACAACGGAGAUGUUGCCGGCAGCUGGGCAGCGUCUCCGUGGCGACGAGCCGACCGACAGCAGCUGUGCAGUCACGUACGAGAUGGGCGGCGUUCUACACGAGUGGGGAUGCCCGAAGCGCAAGCCCGUUUUCAGCCAAUUCAACACCACGAUCAGCGAUGAGGUCUCCCCUCCUACCUCCACCAACAUCACUGCCAGUGGGGAAGCGGCCAUGCCCUUCACAGAUACGACACUCGGCUUCUUCGUCACUCUCUUCUUCGGCGUCAUCGGCACCGUCUCCGUUUUCUGUCUUCUCAUCCUCCUUACGGAGCGACUCGGCAUCGCACUCGAAACACUGGCUGGCUACAUUGUCUGGGCAUCAGAGGCUUUCGACGAGUUCCAGGAAUACUGCAUCGACCACCUGCGUAUAUACAGCGGCAGAUGGACGCUAGCCGAGUCCACUUUGGUUGAUCUCAAUGAAGAGCUGCGGAGACUUCGUGCCAAGAUUUACCACCAUCUAGCCACCCAUACAACUGACCAGGAGGAAGUGCAAGACUCUCGUGCUCAGCAGGCGAGACUAAAGUCGGAGAUGGCUAUCACUCGAUCUAGACUUGAGGCGGAGGUGGCGUCACAACAAUACCGGGCGCAAAGAGAGCAAGAAGGAUAUUACAGGGAAAUGCGCUGGAGAGAAUAUGCUGAGGAGGAGCUCGAUAGGACGAAGCAGGAGUUCGAGCUUCUGAAAACGCUGAGUGUGCAGCUUUGUACGGACAGAGACAGCGCCUUAUACGAGGCCCAUCAUCUACGGACCACCAACGAAAAGCUCAAGGAGUUCGAAGCAAAGAGCCAGCUCAACACUCAUGUGAAGAACAAAUACGAAGCGAUGACAGAGAGCAAAGUCAAGCUGGAGGAAGCACUCAAGGCCAUCACGCAAAGCAAGACUGAUCUGGGCAAGGACCUUGAGGCCAUGAUCAAGACCAAGGCUGAUCUUGACAAGAAGUUUGAAGUCUUGACGGAGAGCAAAUUCGAGCUGGAGAAGCAGCUGAAAGCCAGGAGCGAGAGCAAGCCUGAUCUGAGUAAGAAACCUGAAGCUAUGACAGACAGCAAAAACGAUCUGGGAAAGAAGCUUGAGAUCAUGACGCAGAGCAAGACUGAGCUGGAGAAGCAACUCACAACCAUCAAGGAAAGCAAGAUCCCCACGGAGAAGAACACGCUUGCUGCAGAAGAGCUUGCUGCCACCAAGACCACUAUCUCGAGCGGCACUCAGACGGUCGAGCAUGCGCCAAUGUCACCGCCGAUCGCCGGCGCAGAGCAUGUGGACAGCGGAAACCUGCAACGUCUUCAGGAGAAAGUCGACGACCUCGAAACGGAAAAUGCACGCCUCGGCAGGGAUCUCACGAGCGUGCAGGAGAAGGUUAAUAAUGCUGAGGCGCGCGUUAGCAGCACUUUGGCAAUAGCGAGCAUGCGCGGUUUGUCGCUUAAUCAACUUGAGAAUGAUUUAGCGGACAAGAAGGAGGAGUGCACCAAGCACAACGAUACGCAUCAGUCAGCAAUUCUAGAACUUAAGAAGACACACCGCGCAGAGCUCCAAAAGACUCUCAAGGAGAAGACCGAGGCGAAUGACCAAUCAUACCAUGCUGACAAUGUGGUCAAUGAGCUGAAGAAUAUUUUGGAGGACAUGUUCGGCGAAGACGUGGGUGAGAAUCUGAUAGCUGCUGCUAAGAUCCAGACUGAUUUGACUGAGAGUGAGGAUGAGGUGGACAUCGUAUUCAAGAAUCUCGAGAUUACUACGUGCUUUGACAUUGUUAAGAAUCUAUUGACUGUUCGAGGAUUCAUUGGAGAGGAUUCUGAUUCGACUUCUGCGGUUGAUGAUCAGCAGGAGGAGUUGCAGUCGCUGUCGAGCGAGGCAGAGAUUGGUAACCCCGCGCCGGGCGGUCAGACACAAGAAGAGCAGGAUGAUAGCGCGUUACGUGAGUUUAUGAUGGAGCACGAAGACAGUGACUUCGAGGAGACUGAGAAGAAGAAGGAGGAGCAAGGCCAGAUAGAUGAAGUGGUGCAAGAUCAGCAGGAUCAGCAGAAUGCUGUUGUUGAGGAGGAUGCGCAGGACAAUGCCGCUGUGGAGCCUCUGUCCGAUCAGCAGGUCGACACCGACGGCGCUGAUGAAGGUUCCCGAAGCAAUACCCGUAACCGUAACUCGAGGGCACGCGAGCAGAGUCUAGCAUAUGGCCGUGCUCACCCGGACACAGUGCCGCCACCCGACAGUGAUCUGAGCGGAAUGAACCGUUCGCAACGCAAGAGGGUGCUUUGGCAGCAGGAAGGCGCAGGGUGGCGUUCAUUGGGCUUUCGACGAUGA